AUGAAGAAUCAACGAAAAACAGAAAUCAAUGAGGAUCGACGACAAUCAUAUCCUCGUUAUCACCCAUCAUCAAAUCUCGAAAUUAUUCAUGUACAUUAUCGAUCAAAUGUGCAAACAAUUGAAGAAUUAAUAAAAAAAGCAAGAGCAACAAAGAGAUUCGUCGUUGAUACCGAAUCUCAAUAUAAAAAAUUUCGAAAAGGUGAACCACGAACAAAUGGAGCAGUGGUACAGAUCCAAAUGAUCCAAUCAACAAUCAAUUCAGUGGUCGUACUUAUUGAAACAUGUUAUUUACCUGAUCCACAAUCAACAUUAUACAAGAAAAUCCACGAAUUAUGCAACACCAUCUUCGACAACAACAACGAAAUAAUAACAUGGGGACCAAUCGAGCAAGAAUUUGCCACUUUUAAACAUUUUAAUCUUUUCCAUUUAGGUAACGUUCGUGAAUGUGACUUACAAUUUUACUUUAGUAAUCCAAGUCAACUUUACGACACGCAUCCAGCAAUGGAAAGACGUGGGAUGACCGGUGAAUCGAUGAAAAUCGAUACACCUGGUGAUGAACUUAUUGUUGACGUCGACGAUGAUGACAUUUGGAACCUCAACUACGAUGAUGCUCAACAAAAACCAAAACUGAAUCCACCUUUAGGUUUACAGACAGCGGUAGCAGAAACGUUCAACAAAUUCUUGGACAAAUCGUACACAAAAAACGAUUGGAAUUGUGGACUUGAUCGUGAUCUUGGUACAUGGCGAAGGAAACGGUUCAGCAGAUAUGAAUACAACGAAUGCGAAGAAAAACAACAACGGGAAGAUAUGAAACGAUAUGCAAUUUACGAUUGUGCAGUUGUAGCUGAACUUUACUUCGAAAAAUAUCCGGAAACAGCAAACGAUUAUGCAACAACACUGGAAACUCCGGCAACACCAGAAAUUCCAAUCACAACCACAACAAAUACAUUAACUCGACAGCCUGAUGAAGUUCUGAUAUCAAUUGAACCAGAAACAAGUGUCGAAAUCGAUAGUGGAAUAUCGACAAAACGAGAAAUAAUGUUACAUCGGCCCGAAUUAUUGAACAAGAUGAAUGAAAAUGAACUUUUGGAUUUCUUACGGCCGACAUUGAAUCACCAACCGCAACAACCUCAACGAACACCGGAAGAAGAACUCCAGAAGAAGAAAGAAAGACCGAAAAAGAAGAAUGAAAAAUUCAAAGAAAAGAAAAGAAAUCGUCCCGAUUUCAUAAAUCGUUUGACAAGGCCCAUUUAUCACAAAUACACAUAUCAAAAAAUUAGGGCACAAAUGAUGGACGAUGGAAUUUAUCAUUCACAUCAAAUCAACAUCAAUCAAGAAAAGAAAGAGGUGACAAUCAACUUCAAAUCGCCAGCAUUACUUGAAGAAGCGAGAAUGAAAAUGCGUGUAAAUUAUUUCUCGGAAAAACAAUAUUACAAAAGAUGGUGA